AUGCACGGCGUCAAACGCACGCCCAAGACGGCCACCACCGCCGAGGCACGCGCCGCACGCGCCGCCAAGGAUGCCGCCAAGCUGCGCGCCUACCUCGACAUCGAGCGCACCUUCUUCGAGCACCGCCAGCAAUCGCGCAAGGACGCCACGGCGCUCGCCCACACCACCACGCUCCUCACGCUCAAUCCGGAGCUGUAUACGGUGUGGAACUAUCGCCGCGACAUUCUGCUGCACACCUUCACGCAGCCCGCUGACGACGAUGCGCCAAGUGCCACGCCAGACGUGUUUGACGUGUUUGGUGCGCUGCGAACCGAGGCUGCGCAAUCUAGCACCGACGCUGACGAGGCGAGAUUGGUGCGCAACCGACAGCUGCUGGACGACGAUUUGAGCCUCACGGAGCAUGCGCUGCGUGCGCAUCCCAAGGUGUACUGGAUCUGGAACCACCGCAUGUGGUGUCUGCGCCACUAUCCCGCGCUGUCGGCCGAUGCACAGUGGGCGUGGCGACGGGAGCUGCGGCUGGUGGAAAGGAUGCUCGAGCUCGACGCACGCAACUUUCACGGCUGGAACUGUCGGCGUGCGAUCAUCGACCACCUCGCGCUUGCCGUCGUCUCGUCCGCCCAGUGCGACGCGCUCGCCGGCGUGGAAUCAUCGCACGCGUCGCUCACAGCACUGCUCACGCAUCCGACCAUCGUGGCGGCGGAAAGGGAUGCGGCGAAGGACGUCAAGAAGGAGCUCAUGCGGCUGGCCGAGACGGAGCUGGCGUAUGCGCUGCGCCAGAUCGAGCGCAACUUUUCCAACUUUUCGGCAUGGCAUCUGCGCUCGCAGCUGCUGCCGUGCGUGUGGGUGGCGCAGAGGCUCACGCCAGCGCAGGAGGAGGAGCGUCUCGACAAGGAGCUCGAGCUGGUGCAGCAGGCCAUGUAUACGGAUCCGGCGGAUCAGAGCGUGUGGUUCUACCAUCGCUGGCUUAUCGAUCGCCUCACCACACCGUCGCGAGAGGACAGAUCGAGGCUACGGGCCAAGUUGGGGGACGAGGUGCGCGCCAUCGACGAGCUGCACGAGCUCGAGCCGGACAGCAAGUGGUGCGCCAUGAGCCUCGCGCACCUGCACACGCUGCUCGCGCAGCUCGACCCGGCGCAUGCAGACGAGCACCGCGCAAGCGCCCAGCAUCGGCUCGAACGACUCGUCGAACUCGACCCGGACCGUGCUCAGCGCUACCGUGACCUGCUGGCGGGCCGGGCGAGAUUCUGA